AUGAGAGCCCAGUUGCUCGCGGCAGCGGCGGACGAGUUUCGCGCUGAGAGUGUCGAGACGCUCGACCUCGUCGUGAAAGAUGCGGCGAAGUCGAUCAGCGCAGCAGCGGAGAUGGCAGAUGACACCAACACGGCAGAGGGCGUUUUGUCCAACUGCAUGCUGACGCACAUGGUCCAGGUGGCCAUGACAUUGAUCCAGCUGUACACCCAGCAGCUCAACGGGGUCGACCGGAAGGAUGCACUGGCCAUCGCAGCAGAGGUUGGACGGAGGAGUGCUCCAACAGUACAGCUGUGGGAGCGGGAUUUCGACGCGCGCGGACGCAUCAAGCCACCUGACACAGGUCGCUUCAAGCGCCGGUUUUUGCUGGAACUCGACGAAAGCGUCGCGAGGCUCGCGAAAGGCUGGGCGCUCGAGAACUGCGGGAUACUCAGCGGGCAAGCCAACAAGACGGAGGAUUUCCGCAAGUGGGUGAACAGCACCAUCAUGCCGAUGCUGGAGGCGCAACAAACGGAGGACUUCGACCCAGUCCAUGGAUUGAGAUUUAACUGGUGGAAGGGAAGGAGAACGAGCCGCCAAGGCAACAAAUCUCCCUUUCGACGGCAACGGAGUCACUGGAGAAGAUGGGAUGCGAAUACCACGACGGCAAAAAAGGUCUAUAAUUCGAUGGCCAUGACGACGAGAAGAUUUCGGUGUCCUUUCCGAAUUUGCAGCCAACGACGACCAGAGUACUGGUCCUACCACCUCUUCGAGUUCGGCAAGAACAAUGCGGGAUACUGGACCAGGCUCAAGAUGCUGGACCACACGGCAGACGUGCUGGACGUGUUCACAGUUCUCUACCCUGAGCAAAAGCCUGUAGACCUGUUCGACUGGUCGUCCUGUGAUGAUUGCAUGGAGGCCGGCGCACCGUCGGUGAAGAGAAUGAACUUGGGUGUCGGUGGUGUGAAGAACGAAGGAGGGCUUGCGCCGAUAGACCCCGUGACCAUCCUCGAAGACACCCCGAACCCCCCACCGGGCACGAUACAGCACUUUACGUUGCGGAGGGGAGACGCCCCCCCCUUCCACUCCCCGUAUCUUCGGCCGGCCGAGUAUGUCGGAAAGCUGAAAGGAAUGCGGCAGAUCUUGUGGGAGAGGGGGCUCCUGGUCAAAGGCAUGAGUAAGACCGGGGGCUCAGGCGAAAAGCAGGACCUCAGCAAGAGCAUGGAGCACGUUCUAGGAGAGCAGAAAGACUUCAAGGAAGUUGAUUCUAGUCUGGUGCUGUUAAUGCAGCGCCACGGGCGGGCCUGUCUCAUGCUUCCUAAGUACCACUGCGAGUGUAACCCCAUCGAAUUUGUUUGGGGACGGGCGAAGGACUGGACUCUCAAGAAUUGCACGUAUUCGUUGGAAUACUUGCGCAAAAACGUGCCGCUAAGUUUUAGAGCAGAGAAGGGUAGGCAGGCUGUUCCGGUAGUCCAGGGCUACUGCAAGAAGGCAUAUACACACGCCCUCAUGUACCGGGAGACGCGUGUGGAAGGGCCUGAAGGCAAGAAGACGUACAAGAAAUACAAGUCACACAGGCGCCCGACUCCGAAGGAAUGGAGACAGUAAAUGGAUGGCGCAUUCUUGUUCGUUGAGGUGAACUUUUUCAGUUUUUUCCCCAUGUUUUCUGGAGGGAAGGUUGUACAAAAAAAGGAUGUUUUUGUUGGACAUAUACAAUAUUUGCAACGGAAGUACGUUGACGGGUGAUAUAAACACGCAUUAGGCGCGGCAGAGGCAUCUGUGAAGUGGUUGGGGGUCUUCCGGUACACGUGUAGGUGGUUUGGCGAGAAAAGUAAUAAUCCGCUGUAAGAAUAUAUUUGGGUGAAAAUCUGAUCUAGGGGCUAGGUCGAGGGUUCGAGACCGCCGCGAGCACUUAUUUUUUCUUUUCUCUGGCGACUCGCUACUCUUUUGCGCCUUGCUGCGGGCGUUCUAAAACUGUCUUUUAUUGUUUUAUUCGAUCUCAGUCAAAAGCUAUGGAGGGACAACCAAAAUCGGGUCCUUGACAAUUACCACUUUAGACCACUACCGAAGCCUCUGUAAACCGUCGUCUGACGAAGGUUGAAACAAGGCCUGAAAACAACGCUCACGCGGCAGUUGAAGAGGCUCAUUAUAUCCGUGGAAUAUUCCCCGACGCUCAUAAGUCCACUUACUACCCAACCCGUUACACACCAAAGUACCACUGAAGCCCCGAGCUGCUAACGCAUCCUCGAUCUGGACCUACCUCAGAACCAACCACCUUCCCCCAGCAAGAUUGAACGUCGAGACUGGCUGAAUGAUGGCGUUGCACGCACGACAAAUGAAGCUGUGUCUGCUUACUGUCCUGUCCAGCCCCUACACUCGAGGCCCCGAACUAUUAAAUAUCGCAUCCUUUGGGUCUGGACCUAACCGCGAUUCCCAAAUAAUUGAUCGAAUGAAAGUUUUGGCUGAAUGACGGUGUGCUAACACGCGCGAAAAACGGAGCACUGGCUGCUUACUGUCGAGCCCACAAACACCCAAGGCCCCGAGCUGCUAACGCAUCCUCGAUCUGUACAUAUCCAAGAACCAUCCGCUUUUCCUACGUUAUUGACUGAAUGAAAAUACUGGCUUGGCGACGUUAGCAUGCACGAAAAACGGAGCACUGUCUGCACACUGUCGAGCCCACAUUCACCCAAGGCCCCGAGCUACUAACGCAUCCUCGAUCUGGACCUACCCAAGAACCAUCCGCUUUUCCUACAUUAUUUAUUGAAUGACCAUACUGGCUUGGCGACGUUAACACGCACUUCGUUCACAUGCCCAGCCCACAAACACCCAAGGCCCCGAGCAACUAACGCAUCCUCGAUCUGGACCUACCCUAGAACCAACCGCACCACAAGAGGAACUUCCUCUAAACACCCAGCUCACUAAUACC